AUGGUCGACCCGUCGGACAAUCAACCGUUCCUGGAGCGUAAUCUCACACGAACGCUCAGCAAAUUGCUGGCAGCGGGACAACUGUUUGCAGCAGUUCCGUGGGACCUUCAACCGUUCGAACCCGUACCAGCACCCGCAUUAUGUCGGUGGCGAAAGCUAAUUCGCGCCACGAAUGUAGUGUAUUCCCUAGUGAUUAUUGUUUCCGUAUGUACAGCCACGCUGAUUCAUCGUUCCGAAAUGGAGUCCUCCGAUUUUUUUGCUAUCCGAACAUUGUACCUGACGGAGAAUGUAAUCGCUAACAUUGUCGUACUACUGAUAAUGGCCGGAUGUCUGUUUCUGCGGACAUUGUACAGUACCUUCGCUAGGGAGCUACUUGCCAUCGGUAACAGUUUGUACAUUUGUGAGACAUCGAUCGACUUUCGGCUGGUGGAAUCCAUCAUCAACAAGCUGAUGUUUAGCAGCUUGCUGUACUUUGGCUGCUUGGUGUUUUUAGACUUUCUGUUUAACAUUGACACAACAGCAUGUACAUUCAUUUGCCGCACCUUGGUCUAUACCCUUCCUAACACGAUCCACAUGUUUGCCCUGCAUCAGUACGUCGCGAUGCAACUGCUUGCUGGUUACUAUUUUCGCUCAAUUAACAAGGUAUUGAUGAGCUAUCGCGAUCGUUGCAGUAGUAAGAAAGUGUUGAAUUGUACAACUUUCUUGGAAACACUGAGAAAGGCACAUCUAAGGCUUAGCAAUCUGACCGUACAGCUAAAUGAUAGCUAUGGAAUCCUUCUUGUCUGUACGCUGCUGUUUUCGUUCGUGGUGCUCAAUCUUCAGCUGUUCAACCUGUACAAGGUUACUGGCAGAACGAGGAAGCGGACCUGGAGUUCCAGCGAUUGCUUUCAGCUAGCAAACACCUUGAUGUGGAUUGGUUUACACGCCGCAAAAGUCCUGCUCAUCCUUUACCCUGUACACCGUGGAAGACUCGAGCGGGACCGCACCGGAGCGGUACUGUACCAGUUCACCAUUCACUACGAUACGCACGACUCCGCUAACGAUGCAGUAAGAAUUUGGAAGGUUACUUACUGUGCGUAGAUCUUUAACAAACACCAUCUUCCACCUACUUCAUUGCAGUUGGCGAAGUUCGCUGGGCAGCUGUUGCACGGUACGGGGCCCUAUAAGGCGUGCGGAGUGAUACCGCUCGACUUAACACUCAUUAGCAAGGUAUGUGUGGAAUUUCUUGAUGCGAGAACUACUAACCAAGUGUAA